UCAACCGCGAUACUGUGGGAAGAUCCGUGUAAGAACGUUAGCCGUAGGUGGAAGAUACAUCGUCGGCCGUACUGGUCGAGGAAUUAUUGGCCGAUAGAAGAGUUGAGGUGCCAACGUUGGAACAAUUGGAAGCGGUGGUAUUGUGGCUGGUACAGCGGCAGCAAAGCCGUCUGA